AUGGGGGGUGUUUUUAGGCUGCACAAAACUCCGCAGGAAUUCAGACCCUCCUCGAUGGAAGCUCAGAAGAUAGUUCAGGAUGACCGUACAAAACGAAUAAAGGACGCAAAGACUGAGGCACAAAAGGAAAUCGAAGAUUACAAGAAACAUAAGGAGGAGGAAUUCCGGAAGUUCGAGGCUGAGCAUUCGAGCGGAAAUAAGAAAGCCGAAAACGAAGCAAAUAAGGAUGCUGAAGCCCAGCUCCUCGAAAUCAAAAAAUCCGGCCAAGGAAAGGGUGACAAGGUUGUAGACGACCUCAUCAAGGCCGUUUUAGACGUCAAUCCUCAGGUCCCCGAGAAACUAGUUAAGAAAGCUUAG